AUGAAUAAUAUUGAAAGCGAUAUUGUUGAAUCUGUUGCUACAGCUCUAUACAUUGAUUGUGGAUUUAACUUGCAACAUACAUGGAUGAUUUUUAGACACUUACUUGAACCGUUAGUCAUGCUUGAUGUCAUUUUAGCUAAACCACAAUCUAUUACAGCAUUGUAUGAGGCGUGUGACAGAACCAUUGCAAAUGUCUAUAUGGAUGGUACACUUAUCGCAUCACGCUCUUCUGACACUAAAGAAAAUGCAAAGCUUCAUGCAGCCGAGGCCGCUUUGUUAAAAAUAGCAAAACCGAAAACUAGUGAUACGGGCCCACAAGCUAUUGUUAUUUUAAAUGAAGCAACGGAGAUUGAAGGUGCCAAACAGAAACUAAAUGAAUUAUGCAACGCUUCUCCUUACAUUACUCCUCAUUUCGUGAAUUCGAGUUCAUUAAGAAGUAAUGACUGCUGA